AUGCAAUCACUGGUAGUUGUCAUAUUUGCGGCUACUGCUCUUGCCCAAUUCUCGGUUGCCUACGAUGUCAACGAGUACGACCAGCCGAUGAACAGGAACGCGGAGGCUGAUAUUUAUUGUUUGCAGCCGGACGAUGGGUUCUCAAAGCGUGCAACUCAGGAUCACAAGCUCGCCGCUAUUCCUCGUAGCGGACUUAUGAUCUCCGGCCGCGGAUGGAUGCCGGGAUUCUUUGAUUCGCAGCCGCAACUAUACAAAAGGAGCUCUCCAGUCAAUGAUCGCAUCGCUUUCCGGCCGCUGCCAAUCGUUUGA